AUGCUGUCGUUUUUUAAAUCAAUUCCCACGCAUAUGGAUUACAAAGGCCAGAAACUGGCUGAACAGAUUUUCCAAGGGAUCAUUCUCGUCUCGGCGGUGAUUGGAUUUAUCUACGGUCUAAUCAUUGAACAAUUUGGAUGGACUGUUUACAUAGUCCUGGCUGGUUUUGUCGUAUCAUGCAUUAUGACUUUGCCUCCAUGGCCAAUGUUCAGAAGGAAUCCCCUGUCUUGGCAGCCUGUUAAAGAAGACGCCAACGCCGAGCCCAACCCAAAACCUCAGGAGAGUCAAAAGAAAAAGAAGCAUAAAUAA